AUAUCUCUCCUUCUUUCCCCUCUGCAAACCCUAAUUUUCCUUCUCCUAUACUCUCUCUCUCUCUCUCAUAUCUCCUCCUCUGUUUUUCCCUCUCUGUUUCUUUUCUCGAGAGAAACAGAGACGAUAAGAUAACUUAAAAGCUGUGGCAAUCCACCUUGUAAAAAUUUCUGGAAAGAAACGCAGAGAUGGAGACGAAUCCGUGUGAUAUGAAUCAGCUCGAUUGCGAUUCGCAUCUCCCUCCUCGAAAGCGAUUACUUGCUGGAUUCAAGAAACUAAACUCCAACGGCAACGGAUCUUCUUCUUCUCCUUCAGCUUUCGCUUCUUCUUCUUCUUCAACUUCAAACUCAAACGGAUCCUCCUCCUCUGCUUCAACCGAAGUCCAGACCCAUCUCGACUACUUAUUAUUAGCUUCCCGUUUCGACAAUGGCCAGAAUCUGUCACCUGAAGAGCUCGUUGAGACAACGAGAUCCGCCGCUGCUUUAGCGGUUAAAGCUGCAAAGGCGGCGAGGGCAAUGGCGAACGAGAAGGCCUUGAUUUCCGCAAAGGCGAUCGCUGCGGCCAAGAGGGCAUUGGAGCUCCUUGAUUCUUUCCCUAAAGAAGCAAUGGAUGCUGUUGGUGAUCGCAAGGAGAGAUCUCCUAAGAAGAACAAGCAGAAGAAACAAGUCCCCGUUGAGCUCUUGUACUCAAAGGGACAGUUAAGAGACGAGGAAGAGGAUUUGGCGCGUAGGCUGCAUCGAGCUAUAGACGAUAGGUAUCUUAAAGUCUUCGGAGCUAGCUCGGACAUUGGUGGUCAUAUAAACAAGAAGCAGAGGAAGAACAAGACCGUAACUGGAGUUACCGGUUCUGUGAAUGACAUUUCUGGUGUUGUGGAUUCAGACAGCUCGUAUGAGGGAUUAGAAUCAAACAGGAAAGCGACAAGAACGUUCGAAUCGGAUGGGAUACCGACACCAGGGAAGGAAGAAAGUAAGUCAUUGGGUAAAAGAAGAGGAAGAGUGAAACUUAAGAAGCUUCCUUUGAGCAUUUGUAACUCUAGGGACCAAGAAAACGGAACUUCCUCGGCGUCUCCAUUGCGGAUUGCUCAGCCGCGGGAAGACGGUGUGAUCUCGGUCAUACCGGGAACAGCGUCAUGGAAAUGCCAGGACCUAAAGGCUCCGGAAUGUGGGAAGCAGAACAAAGCCGUACGGUCGUAGUGACUCCUUUUUUUAUUCAAGAUUUGGUCAGCAUUGCCAUUUUCAGUAGAAGAAUCACAUUGGUGUUUCCUUUUUUGGAUGUGUUUGAAUUUAUGUUAUACAUUAUACAAUUAUAUAAAGAGUUUAUUGCACUUACAGUGUUGUAGAAUUAGGUUUGGAUUCAUAAACGAGGAAGUAAUGUAAUAGAUUGGUCUAUU